AUGGCAAAAGAAUCUGUUGUGAAUAACUACUUCGACAACUUAGAGCAGUGUUUAAGGAAACAUGACCUGCUCGACAAGCCACAUCUUAUUUUUAAUGUGAACGAGAAAGGCCUUACCUGUGAUCAUAAGCCCCCUCCUGUUAUUGCAAGGGCAGACCAUUACCCUCCAGCUGUCACAUCUGGCAAAAUUCAGACUGUCACGCUUAUUGGAUGUGGCAGUGCUAGCGGUUAUGCUUUGCCACCAUACCUUAUCUUCCCAGGUAAAAGACUUCUUCCAGACUUACUUGAAGGCAGCAGUCCGGGGGCAACAGGAACUAUGAGCGAGACCGGUUGGUCCAAUUCUGCAAUUUUCCGAGAUUUUAUGGAAAAUCACUCUCUGAAAUAUAUUCCAGGUCGUUCGGAUGAGAAGGUCCUACUUACAUUGGAUGGCCACCGUUCUCAUAUAUCAGUAGGAUUGGUUGACUGGGCUAAAGAUAACAAUAUUAUUCUUUUCAUACUCCCUGCACACACAAGCCACCUGCUACAACCCUUGGAUUUAGCUUGUUAUGGCUCUUUUCAGCAUAUUUACAAUUAUGCAUGUCACAAGUUAAUGCGCGAAACAGCUGCAGCUAUUACAAGAUACAAUAUUUGUGCAAUUGCUUGUAAGGUAUAUCACCAGGCCUUGAAACCAGAAAAUUUGCAGUCUGGCUUUAAGCGUGCUGGUAUUUAUCCACUUAAUAAGGAAGCUGUACCAAGACAGGACUUGAUUCCAGCAGAACUUUACACUAGUGAUACUGACUCUGAUGCAACUGUUGAAGGUGGUAUUUGUGUGGAUGUAGCAGAUGGGUAUAGCAUGUUUGCAGAUGAAGAUGAUGAUGAAAGUGACGAGUGUUGUGUUUGCAACUUAUUCACACCAAAGGAAGUGUCUGGUGCCACAUCUCUUAUUUUCACUAAGUGGGCCCAGUGUGAUGGUAUGAUUAACGGAAGGCCAUGUCUGCACUGGACUCAUCUUGCCUUCUGCACAGAAGUAAGUGUGGUCAGAAGAGGAUAUAAGUUCCUUUACCCACAUUACAAGGAAGAAAAAUGA